CAGAAUCCAGAAGCCGCAGCGAAGCAUACUCACCACGACGCGUUAAAUAGGUUCUCGCUCGUUUCCCCGUUCGCAGUCUAUACCUUUCAUUUUCAACUGAGAUCAUCGUCUCCCGAAUAAACUUUUCAUUCUUGUUCCCUCCCCUUCCUCUCGUUUUCUUUAUUUCUCUGAAAUUGAAAGAAUGGAAGCCUUUUCUUCGUUUUUCCAGUCUCAAUCGAGUUCUCGAAGCGGAUGGAGUUAUGAAUCCCUGAAGAAUUUUCGUCAGAUCUCUCCGACAGUACAGAACCAUCUGAAACAGGUUUAUCUUUCGUUAUGUUGUGCUCUGAUAGCCUCGGCGGUAGGAGUCUAUCUGCAUCUCCUUUGGAACAUUGGUGGUUUAUUCACAACGCUGGGAUGUCUGGGUAGCAUGGCAUGGCUACUCUCCACGCAUCCAUAUGAAGAGAGGAAAAGGGUUGGUCUCUUAAUGGCAGCUGGCCUCUUUGAAGGAGCUUCUUUGGGUCCUCUCAUUGACUUUGCCAUCCGGAUCGAUCAAAGCAUUCUGAUUAGUGCAUUUGUGGGGACUGCUGUGGCCUUUGGAUGUUUCUCAGCUGCAGCCAUGCUGGCGAGGCGUAGGGAGUUCCUUUACUUGGGAGGCUUGUUGUCCUCUGGCCUGUCGAUCCUUUUCUGGUUGCAUUUCGCAUCCUCCAUCUUUGGAGGCUCCACAGCCAUCUUCAAGUUUGAGUUAUAUUUUGGGCUUUUGGUGUUUGUGGGGUACAUGGUGGUAGACACCCAGGAAAUAAUUGAGAAAGCACACUUUGGGGAUCUCGAUUAUGUGAAACAUGCCUUGACCCUUUUCACUGAUUUUGCUGCUGUUUUUGUUAGAAUUCUUAUAAUCAUGUUGAAAAAUGCUGGUGAGAAGGACGCGAGGGAGAAAAGAAAGCGAAGGAAUUGAACUUCAUCAGAGUAGUGAGACCAAAGAAUUGCAUAUGAUUGCUCAGAAGUCACUUUGGUUAUGUAGCUGAUGUAUAAAUGCUUGGAAAUCGAACACAUGUAAAAAGUGUGACAAGAGAUUCCUUAUUAUUCGGUUGUGGCGAAUUGUUGUAGAUGUUGGUUGGCUUUUGGUUUUGAUUGGUAAUUUGUUUUGUACGGACGUUGUGUUUGUAGUCCUAGGGGUGCCUACAGUUCGGCGUUUCGGUUAACCGAAUCGACUUGAUCGGUUUUUUAAAAAUCUACACCGAAGUAACUGGUUAAUUGGUCCAUAGGUUAACUAGUGGACCGGUUAACCGUGGUUAUGUAGCUGAUGUAUAAAUGCUUGGAAAUCGUAACACAUGUAAAAAGUGUGAUAAGAGAUUCCUUAUUAUUCGGUUGUGGCUAA